AUGAAUUACUACCUCUAUAUCAAUAAAGGAAAACUCCAAAUGACAAUCUAUUCUAUUGUCAUUCACAAAUUACUGAGUACGAAGGCACAUCUAGGCCGUCGGGUAGCUGCUCACCAUUUCAACAAAGUCUAUAUAUGUGGUUCUAGAAAUGGAAUUGCUAUUCUCGAUUCAGACAAGACACUGAUUUGUUUACGAAAUGCUUUGAAUUUCAUAGGAUCUCUCAUUCGUCAAAAAGGCCGUUCCUUCCUUUUAAAGACACAGAAUAAUCAUAUCUCAUAUAUAAUGGAAGAAAUGGCGAGCUGUAUCAAUGAUUCUCAAUGUCGGAUCGGGGCUUUUUUCACCCAUUCUUGUUCCAGUCCCACUAAAAUACGUUCGAGAAAGAAUAAGAUCAAUUUAGGUUCGAACCAACAACCUGAUUGUGUCGUUAUUCUGGAUCCAGAGAGAAAGUGUUCGGUCAUACAGGAAGCUGAUCGAUCACAAAUACCUAUAGCAUCCUUAGUGUUUUCUACGAUCCCUUUGAUAUCCUAUAAAAGAAUCACUUAUCCCAUUCCAGCGAAUGAUCCUAUACAGUUCAUAUAUCUAUUUUGUCAUUCGAUCACGAAAACAGUUAUUCUUGAACGGGGAAGAAUCGUUGCGAUUCCAGAGAAUCAAUCCAACCGUGUAAUAGCUGUGUUAUAGAAUUUCUGAAUAACCUCCGGACAGAGAAAGGAUCAUGGCGAAUCAUCUCUUUAGGUCGUAGAUACUAUACUAAAGACACUUCUCGGAUAAAGCGUUACAAAGGCAGGUGCUUGGUCCCUCAAACUAGGUGUUAUGCGGCUACAACCAUGGCUAUUUCAAUCCUUUCACUCCACAGACCACUCGGGUUUUUCUUAUGGAAGUUGGGAAUAUUCGCAUCCACGUAUCUUUACGGACAUUGGAAGAGGAAUUGGCACGCCUCUCCUAAUCGAUAG